CAGCUUACUGCACCAUAGCACAACUAAAUGGCUCACAAACUAAUUUCAUGCUUCACCAUUUGCUUCUUUGUAAUACUGAAUUUGACACUUCCGGUGUCUUCUGGUUAUUAUUACGGGCAGCAACUUGACUACAACUUUUAUGACCGAUCAUGCCCUCGUUUGGAAAUGAUUGUCAAGUAUGGUGUUUGGGCUGCUAUGAAGACCGACAUGAGAAUUGCGGCUUCACUCCUUCGCUUGCAUUUUCACGAUUGUUUUGUUAAUGGUUGUGACGGGUCGGUACUUCUUGAUGACACAAAGAAAAUGAAAGGAGAAAAGAAUGCUUUUCCGAACCGAAACUCAGUAAGAGGAUUUGAAGUUAUCGACAGCAUCAAGGAAGAUGUUGAAAGAGCUUGCCCUUUCACUGUUUCAUGUGCUGAUCUGUUGACUCUUAUAGCAAGAGAAGCUGUCGUAUUGUCUGGAGGACCUUAUUGGAAUGUUCCGUUAGGGAGGCGAGAUGCGGUAACUGCAAGUCAGAAGGCAGCAAAUGAAAACCUUCCGUCACCUUUCGAUUCAUUAGAAAACAUCACUGCCAAGUUCGUAGCACAAGGCCUUAGUUUAAAGGAUGUCGUUGUCCUCUCAGGAGCUCAUACCCUAGGAUUUGCUCAAUGCUUCACCUUCAAGAACAGAUUAUUUGACUUCAAAGGCUCAGGAAAACCAGACCCUGGUCUUGAUUCUUCAGCACUCACAAAUUUACAAGUUAUGUGCCCUAACAAAAACACAUCAAAUUCCAAUCUUGCCCCUCUUGACUCAUCAACCACUUACAAAUUUGACAAUUCAUAUUUUACCAACUUAAUGACCAAUUCUGCCCUUCUUCAAUCUGAUCAAGCCCUAAUGACAGAUUCAGCAGCAGCUGCACUGGUUAAUUCCUACAGUUCAUACCCUUAUCUUUUCUCUACUGAUUUUGCAGCUUCAAUGGUGAACAUGGGUAAUAUUGGGGUACUUACAGGGACAAAUGGGGAAAUUAGAAGGAAAUGUGGGUCUGUAAAUUAUUAAGUUGGUGCAUGUUUUGGGUCUUUUUCAGAAAGUAUUUUAGUUUUACUUAAUGUUCCUACUAAGAAGUCAUUAUCUAAUAAUAAGUAUUUGGUGUUAAUACUUUA